ACUUCGAUCUAUUGCCAAGAAACUGCCAAGUUUUAAGAUGCGGGUGAGAAAGAGCUAAGAGGCAGGGAAUGGCAUUUUCGCUUUCAAUUUUUUACAUCUCUUUUGUUGGAUUCUGAUAAUUUACAAAUAUGUGGCGAACAAGGGUUUGAUGGAAGGAUUGUUGAAUUUCUUGCAGUCCAGUUUAAAUCAAUGGCCGUUACUGUCAUUCCCACUUCAUUUCGCUGCUGUCCUUCUCUCCAGUCUUGCACAUUACUACCCACCGUUGUGAAUUAUUACCCCAGGCACGGAAAUUGGUUUUCUGUAACUUCAUUACACAAAUUUCAUGGAAAAUUCUCUCGCUUAUUGCCCCUCGCGGGCAGGUCGAGUAUCAGGAAAAAUUCUGCUAUACCGGUACGGGCAGCAACUGUUGAAAAUCAAGAGGUAAAAUGGUGGGAAAAGAGUGGAGGGCCAAAUAUGCAUGAUAUCCAUUCAACUCAAGAGUUUCUAGAUGCACUCAGUCAGGCUGGGGAGAAACUUGUAAUUGCAGAAUUCUAUGGUACUUGGUGUGGCUCUUGUCGAGCCUUGUAUCCAAAGCUGUGCAAGAUGGCUGCAGAGCUCCCUGAUAUUGUAUUUCUUAAAGUCAACUUUGAUGAAAACAAGCCAAUGUGCAAGAGCCUGAAUAUCAAGGUUCUUCCUUAUUUUCACUUCUACCGUGGGGCAGAGGGACGCAUAGAGUCAUUUUCUUGUUCAUUAGCAAAGUUCCAGAAGCUAAAAGAUGCUAUUGCAUUACACAACACAGCUCGAUGUAGCCUUGGCCCUCCACUAGGUGUUGGUGAUAUAGACCUUAUGGGAUCUUCAAGUACAAAUGACAAAACUGCUGCAGCUGGGACAUCAAGAUGAAAAAUCGUUCUUUACAUUUAUUUCUCAGCUAGCCCCUUGCUCAUGCAUUUCUAAAAAUUGUAUUCAGUUCUUGAUCUGUAUAUUUAAUGUGGGAAAGGUGUAGAUCACCCUGUAAUUCAUAAUCUUGAAAUUUGCAUCUCAAGCCUAGAAUCAUCUGUCAAAUACAAUUGGUAUAGUCAUCCAUUUUAUCUCACCUAUCAUCUGUCAUCAGUUUUGAGCAUACUAGGAUUAGCUUAAAUUCUUGACAGUUGACUUAUUUGGCAAAUCUGGCGAGGAAGAUUAUUUAUGUUGUAACACCAUACUUCAUCAUUGUAUGAGCUAGUUUAUCACAAUUCAUGGCAAAGAUGCUUUGCUCAGCAAAUGCCACUUGCUCAGUUUAUUUUUCUCAUUUCAAAUACCCUAUCAUCGAUUUUAAAGUAUCUAAUGUUUCAGGCAGUCUUUCGUCCAUGUUGUCUACUUUGGACACAUGGUUGGGUAUCCGCCUUCUAAAUAUUAAUAGCCCUUCACAUUCA